GAGAUUCUGAAGGACCUGGAUGAUUACUAUGAAAAAUUUAAACGAGAGACAGACGCCGUGCAGAAGAGAAGAAUGUUGCACUGCAUACAGAGAGCCUUGAUUCGGAGUCAGGAGCUGGGGGACGAGAAGAUCCAAAUCGUCAGUCAGAUGGUGGAGCUGGUUGAGAACAGAACCAGGCAAGUGGACAGCCACGUGGAGCUGUUUGAGACUUGUCAAGAGGCUAACGAUACCACUGGAAACAGCGGGAAAGCCAGCCAGGACAAGUCAAAGAAUGAGACAAUCGCACAGGCUGAAAAGCCCAACAAUAAGAGAUCGAGGCGGCAAAGGAAUAAUGAGAAUCGAGAAAACGCUUCAAAUAAUCAUGAUCACGAUGACAUCACCUCAGGAACUCCAAAGGAGAAGAAAGCGAAAACGUCCAAGAAGAAGAAACGAUCCAAGGCUAAAGCGGAGCGGGAGGCUUCUCCCCCCGACCUUCCUAUUGACCCUAACGAGCCAACCUACUGCUUGUGCAACCAAGUCUCCUAUGGAGAAAUGAUAGGAUGCGAUAACGACGAGUGCCCCAUUGAGUGGUUUCACUUUUCCUGCGUCGGACUCAAUCACAAACCAAAGGGCAAAUGGUACUGCCCCAAAUGUAGAGGAGAAAACGAGAAAACUAUGGACAAGGCGUUGGAGAAGUCUAAAAAAGAAAGGGCCUACAACAGGUAGUUUGUGGACUUUUCACAGCAGAGAAAAAUAAAACCACCAAACCAGUGUAUUUAUUGUCAGUGUCACCUUUGUUGAGGUGAAAGGAUUGUAAAAUGUAUAUUUUUAAAGGAGGUUUAAAACUGAACCAACCAUUCCUGUUAUAGGGACGGCAAUAAGCAAUUUUGGUUUUCGUUUGGUAAACUGUAACAAGAAUGUGGUCUGUGGACCAAUGUAUUCCAAAAGUAAAGUUAUAAGAGUUUAAACUGAAUAUUCGGGUGGAUCUGAAAAGAUAAAUUAAUACUUUUUUUUUUUCUUUUUCGUCAGUGCUGGUAGCACUCUACCCAUUAAAAUUUCGAUGACAAAUAUCUCUGAAAUGUAAUUUCGUUUUCUUUAAUGAAAAAUGUUAUUUACCUUUUCAGCAAAAUUGUUAAAUAGUUUAGCCACCUGGUUGUAUCUGAAUAAAGCUGCAAUACAUUACAAAUGUAACUUCUUUUGGUGAUAAGCAGUGCAAGAGGAAACAAAAGGAGGGUAAAAUUUGGUUCCUGCUACAAAGUGUCAGUAUAACAGUUCAACAGCAAAUGUUUAAAUAGGCUUAGAGGAUUAUUUUUAAAAAAAAACCCCAAAACAGUUAAUGGUUAAAUUUUACACAACAAAUAUUUUAUACCCUGGCCAAGUACCAUGAGGGCCAUUUUAAAAUGAUUAAAUAUGUUUUAUAUUUAACCAGGAAGUGGUUUAGUAACGAGACUUAACAUAAAUGAAGCUUUAUACUGUCACAGAUAGUAGUGUAGCAAUCCUUAAUUUGUUUUAAGUUGUAUAAAUGUACAUUUUUAAGUGGAGUUGCACUUACUGUAUUAUACUUGGAAAUGCAGCCAAAUGCCAUUGUGUAACCAAUGUGCGUUUCCUGCAGUAUGUAUGAAAAUUGUACAGCUGUGAUAUUAAGAAAUAAAUGAAACAACUUUGA